AUGGCGUUAUGUGGCGUAACGCUAAGAAUGCCUCAAAAACUAAUAGCCGAUUCUUUUUCAGAUGGAUUUGACCCAACUGGAAUUAUUGAUAAUAUUCGUCAACUCUACAAAAAUCGGGAAGGUUGGCUGGCACCGUUUCCCUGGUGUGAAGAUUUUCACUUCUCCUUUGACGACAUCUACACCCGACUUAAAGUCAUCUACAGAAAGAAAACGAGAGGAACAGCAACAGACCGAGUUGUCACGAUGUCUGAAAUCUUCAACAAGCACGAAGAAUGUGAAGAACCAAGAGUAGUAUUAAUUGAAGGGAAGCCUGGUAUGGGAAAGACAACUUACUGUAAGAAAGUUGUUUUCGACUGGGCCUCAGGAAAACACGCAAGCGGAAAUUGCUUCACUAACUUCGCAUUAGUGCUUUUGAUCAAAUGUCGUGAUUUUGAGUCUGGCCUUUGGGAGGCUAUUGAAGAUCAACUUCUGCCUCGAGAAGUUGGUGAAGACCAACGAGAGAGAUUCUUCGACUUCAUUCUCCACAAUCAAUCUAAUGUUCUUCUGGUACUCGAUGGAUUGGAUGAAGUUUCUGAGGAGAAGCUACCUAUGUUUUCAGAAAUUAUUCAAGGCCGAAUGCCGCGCAUGCCAAACUGUCGCGUGAUUGCUACGGCACGACACGAAGCGGGAGUUAAAGUUCGAAUAUACUGCAACACGCUGCUAGAAAUUGAGGGGUUUACUGAAGAAGACGUAAACUCCUUCAUCAGAAAGUUCUUCAGAGACAAAUCAAAAUUGGCCGAGCAACUAAUUGCGCACCUACGUGUUGAUUACAGGUUAUAUGCAAUUUUGACGAAUCCUCUCAACACUGCGCUUCUUUGCCUGGUCUAUGAAGAUUUGAACGGUGUAUUUCCUGAAAGCAGAACGAAGCUGUACAUGGAAAUAGUGGAGUGUGUACUAAGAAGGUACAGAACAAAGCAGCAACUACCAGAAAACGGUGAAGACCUUGUUAAACUUUACGAAAGCGAAUUGAGACACCUUGGUUCGAUAGCUUUGAAAGGUUUACUUGAGGACAACUUGGAUUUUGACGAGAAGGAGCUUGGAGAACACAAAGCAAGCGAUUUACCUGGAUUCGGAUUUUUGUCAGUUCAGCCUGGAGGCAGCAGACUAAGACCAACUAGACGUUAUGGCUUUCUUCACAAGACUUUUCAAGAAUUCUUCGCAGCAUUCCAUCUCAGUUGUCAGCUUAUCAAGAAAGAAAUCAACACGAAUAGCAUAGCUGCUGACAGAAAAUAUCGCGAUGAGCUGAGAGAAGUACUUCUGUUUACAUUUGGUAUGCUUGCAGCACGAUGCGAGGAAACAGCGGUAAACCUUCUGAAAAGUAUAGCAACAGGGUUAAACCUGACAGAAGAGCGAAGCCUGUCUUUUAUAAGACAGUUUAUUAUUGAAUGCAAAAAGGAGAAAAAAAAUGUUGAUGAAAUAUUUGGUUCCGCUAAUGGCGCUUCUCUUCAAAUUGAAAGUUUUCGUAUUUCAGAGAGAAAAGUAGAAAAAACUUUUGCUGUCUUUUUAAGCAACUUUCUUAAAACAAAUACAACUGUGAAAACGAUUUCAUUGUGUAACUCUUCGAUAGACGGGGUUACAGCUCUGGCUGAGUGUUUGAAAUAUAAUACAUCGCUGACAGAGUUGGUAUUGAAUAGUGAUGAAAUUGGUGAUGAUGGUGCUGCUGCUCUG